AUGUGCUUCUCACAGGAGUACUCGUGUCAUCGUUCAGGAACUUAUGAAUCUAAGGCAGAGAUGCGAGUAGUUCAAAAGAGAACUAAGAAAAAUAAGUGUCCUGCUCUUCUUUGCAUCAGAGAAUUCUUUAAGAUACCUGAGUGGUAUGAGAUAACCUUGACUAAAGAUCAUGCUGAUCAUACUCCUGGUGAUAUCCGUGAGGAUAUUUGUACUCUUCCUCUUGCCAAAAUGUAUCUGUAUGAACUGUCUCAGCAAUUAGAGCAAUCAUCUAAAUCUGCCAGCCAGAUACGUAUUGACAUGUUGAGAGCUAUUGAUAGAUAUGAAAGAAGUUCUGAUCGUAAGGUCAAGUAUUAUGAUAUUUGGAACUUGAUGAACAAGGGCAAUAUGAGUUACUCUCCCAACACAAAUGUAUUUGCUUACAGUUUUAGGUCACCAACACAGCAGAUUAAAAUGAGAAAUGCCGUUUCCUUUUGUUUGGAUGCUACAAAUGCUAUCUCUGACAAAAUUGAUAAGAUUUUGUAUACCCUUCUUGUUCGUGACAAAGAAAUUAAUAGAGGAUGGCCUGUUGCUUUCAUGGUAACAAAUGACCGGGGUGUUGGCCCUAUUGUACAGUGGCUACAGUUUUUGAAGUCUUCCCUUUUGCUGAUCAAUCCUCAGCAAAUUAUUAUUGAUUGCUGCUCUGCAGAACUGUCUGACUCUGUUAAGAUUCAAGAUGCUUUGCCUUCUGAGGCUCGUCUUCUUUGUGGUGAAAUGAUGAGAUAUCUUCAAGAUAUUGUGUAUGAAGACGAUCUGGACCAGUUCCAUCAAAAACUUGUGGAAUUCAAAAAAAAGUUUAAGAUCUGGAGCCGUGCUUAUCAUGAACGGCAAUUCUCUCAUAUGCUCACAAACAACUAUAUUGAAUCGUGGCAUAAUCAGCUUAAAACCGUGUUCAUGAAGAGGUCAAGAAAUAAGAGAUUAGACAAACUUGUCUUUAUCUUGGUACAUGAUGUUGAGUACUAUCUAACACAAAAGUACGAAAGAGUUAUGUCAAACAAUGGAGCAAUGAGCUCUUUUACUAGACAGCAAAGUAUCAGAGAGAUGGAAGCAGAAGAAGUUGAUGAUGAUGCAAGAGAGACAAUGAUUGUUGCUUCAGUAUCAGCAGAAAACAGUAGCUGGCAAGUGCAGUCAGUUGUUGAUGAGAACACAGCAUAUGUAGUUGAGGUUACAGAUAGGCUGAUAAUGAAAUGUACCUGUUUCGAUUUUGAAAGAAGACAAAAACCAUGCAAGCAUAUGUAUUUGUUAAAAAUGCACAUUGCCUUUUCUUUGCACUUCUCAACCACUCCUUUAAACCCUACCUAUGAACACAAUGUCAUCCCAAUCCCUCAAUCCAUCACCACAAAUAAUUGCUCCUCCCUUUUCUUCGAUCAGUGCAUUCAAACAAAUCAAACACUGCAUCAAUCACAUCAAGACCUUGCCACAUUAGCACAGUAUACAACAGAUGAUGAAGCAAAGCAUAUAUAUGACAUACAGCAGCAAUUACUUCGUUCCAUUCAAUUCUUAAAAGAUAAAUAUGAAGUAUAUUUUCGUCGAUCAAAUAAUCAAUAA